AUGAAUCCUCGGUCAAUUGUUAUAAUCUUUCCACUUCUCUCAACUCUCUUUGAUGUUCCGAUCAAUGCUUCCGCCAAAAUUUUGGAAGAAACGACACCGGCCGUUGUGCCCCAAGCACCGACGACUGAAAUCAAGUGUGGAGCUUGUCCCUGUGUGAAUCCAUGCAGCCAACAAUCGCUUCCGCCGCCUCCUCUACCACCGCCACCACCUCCAAGGUUCACCUACUACAGUUCACUUCCGCCACCUUCUCCUCCGAUGUUCACCUACUAUAACUCACUUCCGCCUCCGCCUCCGUCGCCGCCGAGAUUCUUCUAUGUGACCGAUGUGCCUGGCCCGUUGUAUACGGAGGAUCCAAAUGAUAGGUGGUUCUUUUUCUCUGGUGCUGGGCGGAAUUUUGUGGUGGUUUCCUUACUUUUAAUUGGCUAUGGAUUGUGGGGGCUCACCAUAGUUUAUUGA